CACUUUUCUAUUCCAUGCAUACGAAUAAAGGAUUAAAAGAAAGGGAGAAGCAGACACAUUAUAAGAUUUAAAAAAGCAAAAUGGCAAAAGCUUCUCUUUUUUAUCUAAUCUCAUGGCUUUGCUUGUUGUCAGCCUUUCAAUCUACUACAUGGGUUCUUGGAUUCGUUCUGAACCGGAAGAGCUGAGUUUGCUGACUCGUCAGCUACUCGAAACUGCGAAAGAGACUGAGUUCUUUGAUUGGUUAAAAAAGAUUAGGAGAAGACUGCAUGAAUAUCCAGAAGUGGCCUUUGAGGAGUAUAAUACAAGUCAAGUCAUAAUAUCAGAGCUUGAGUCCCUUGGAAUUGAUUACAGUUGGCCUAUAGCCAAAACUGGGUUGGUGGGCUCGAUCGGGUCAGGUCUGCAGCCAUGGUUCGGUCUUAGAGCAGACAUGGAUGCCCUUCCUAUUCAGGAAUUAAUAGAGUGGAAGCACAAGAGCAAGAACAAUGGCAAAAUGCAUGCUUGUGGCCAUGAUGCUCAUGUUACAAUGCUGCUUGGAGCAGCUAAGUUGCUCCAAAGCAACAAGGAAAAACUAAAGGGUACUGUUAAGCUCGUCUUCCAACCUGCUGAAGAAGGUCAUGCCGGUGCUUACCAUAUGUUGAAAGAAGGAGCCCUUGAUAAUUUCAAAGCUAUUUUUGGACUUCAUGUUGCACCGGAAUUGCCUGUUGGUUCAAUUGCUUCUAAGCCUGGUAUAAUGGCUGCUGGUUCCGGAAGGUUUAUAGCUGUUAUUAAAGGGAAAGGUGGACAUGCUGCACGACCCCAUGAUACUAGAGAUCCAGUUCUUGCUGCAUCUUUUGCCAUUCUUGCACUUCAACAGUUAAUUUCCCGAGAGAAAGAUCCUCUUGUGCCUCAGGUACUCUCAGUGGGAUUUGUUGAGGCUGGCCAGGCUGGGAAUGUGAUUCCGGAGACUGUGAAAUUCGGAGGUACUUAUCGAAGCAUGACUACUGAAGGUCUGUUGCAGCUUCAAAAAAGGAUAAUAGAGGUAAUAAAGAAUCAAGCAGCAGUUCAUCGAUGCACUGCAUCAGUAGACUUGAUGGAGGAAAAAAUGCGGCCCUAUCCAGCAACAGUGAAUGAUGAAGCUAUGUAUGAACAUGCCAAGAAAGUUGGGGAAGCUUUGUUUGGGGAAUCAAAUGUGCUGCCUAUGCAAGCUUUUAUGGGAGCAGAAGAUUUCAGCUUUUAUGGACAGAAGAUAAAAGCGGCACUUUUCUUGAUUGGAGUAAAAAAUGAAGAUGGAAAACCAAUUAAGAGAUUGCAUUCACCUCACUUUUUCCUUAAUGAGGAUGCCCUUCCUGUUGGAGCAGCUCUUCAUGCUGCAGUUGCCAUUUCUUACUUGAAUAACCAUGCUGUUAAUACACAAUAACAAUGGCAACACUUAUCACCCAAAAAAAAAAAAAAGGAAAAAGAAAAGAAAGGCACUACUAAGAAUGGCCCUGGAAUUGCUGAUUAUUUAUGUGAUAGAGCUGAGCAUUUUCAGUCAAGUAUGAUGCCUGUUUAAUCCAUACACAAGGAUAAAACAAUUUUCAUUGCUUUCAAGAUUUUUUUCAAGAUUGUUCAAUAUUUGGGCAGUAAUCACAAUCAAUUAGGUGUAUGUCAUGUGACCUAAGUAAAUGUAGAAGACUUGAACUUUAGAUCAUAGAAGUUGCACCACUAUGUAUUCUGGUUAUUUCUGUUUCAAGUACUUCUAUACUUUUUUUUUUUUUUCAAAAAAACAAGAUAAAUAGUAAGUAUCUAUGGAUUAACAAUAAGAUUCUAAAUGAACAAAAGAAAAAAAUAUCCCAAUGUGGGCUUUUUUUUAUUUA